UAAGUAUGUGUGCGCAUCCGCAGGCAUCAUCAGAUUCCAGUUACACGUAUACAGCGCAAUAUUCCUUGGCGCGACGGGUCCAAGACCAAUGACCAGUAUACUUAUAUACUCACACCCAGACUCUCAGAAACCUGUUAUAUAUCCAUUAGCCAACCUCGGCUGCUCACACAUACUUACAAACAGCGAGUAUACGUACAAGUACUUAUACACCGGGGGGGGCAGAAAAGUAUCACAGUGUAUAGUCAGUGCGCCAUGCGCAAACUUGACCUUUGCCGAGUUGGGGUCUGCGAAUACAUUAUCGUCGUGGCAUAAUUGGCGAAUAUAUUUUAGAUCGGCUCUUUCGGUGACGACGACGACGACGACGACGACUGCGGCGGAUUUACAUAAUAGAAAGGAGUGGAGUCGAGAGAAGACCGCGCGGCCAUAACCAACAGCCGCGCCGUUGUUCAGUCGAGGAGCUGGAGCUGCCGCGUCGUCUCUGAGAUACGCAUUCAAUAUGGGCUACUUGAAAUCCGUCGGCACGAGCGUCAUUUACAUCGGCGCAUUCCUUGCCGCGAUCACCUUCAUCCCUGGAAUACCUCCGGAUGCCAAGUUCGAGGAGUACAGCGUCGUCGCGCCUAAGGAGCUGACUGGCAAACUCGCUGUAAAUGAUAGACUCAACAAUGCGGAACUUUUAUUCGAAGGGCAGGUCAAAGGUGCAGAAGCAUUCGCUUCUUACAACGGUGAACUCUACACAGGUGUCCAUGGUGGCUACGUAGUCAAGGUUACCAAGAACAAACUCAUACCUGUUGUUAAAUUCGGAGAAGACUGCGAUGGACUCUGGCAAGAGUCUAAAUGUGGCAGACCUCUGGGAUUGAAAUUCGACAAGAAAGGUGUCUUGUUUGUCAACGACGCUUACUAUGGAAUUUUCAAAGUUAAUGUAAAAACAGGCAAAUAUGAGAAGCUUGUUAGCAAGGAAGAGCCAAUCGAUGGAAAAGUUCCAAUGAUUGUUAACUCUUUGGAUAUUGCAAGUAAUGGUGAUAUAUACUGGUCUGACUCGAGUACAGAAUUUAGCCUUGAGGAUGGAUCUUAUACUACAUUGUCAAAUCCAUCUGGAAGGCUUAUACGUUACAAUGCUGCUACCAAGAAAAAUCAAGUUUUACUCCAAGACUUGGCAUUUGCCAAUGGUGUUGCCCUGAGUGAAGAUGAAGAUUUUGUCAUUGUUUUAGAAACUAUUGCCUCCCGCAUUACCAAAUACCACCUCAAAGGUCCUAAGGCAGGUAAACACGAGAUCUUUGUUGAAGGUCUCCCAGGAAUGCCUGAUAAUGUACACUCUGACAAUAGAAAUGGAUUUUUGGUUAGCCUUGUUGUCUACGGAGAUUCAGAAAAUCCCAUUAUAUCUACAUCUUUAAUGCCUCAUCCAUUCAUUAGGCGUAUGGCUGCAAGACUGCUUGCACUCAUAGAGGCACCUUUCAAGUGUUUGAAUACUUACUAUCCCAAUCCCUAUGCUGAAAAAAUCGUUCAUUUCAUUGGAGGAUUCGAAAGCAUGAAGGGCUUAACUUCACAAACUGUUGUUGUAUUGAGAAUAAAUAAUAAGGGUAAUAUAGUAGAUGCAGCCUACAGUACUGAUGAAAAGAUCUCAGGUAUUAGUUCAGCUUAUAUCCAUGAUGGAUAUUUAUGGCUGGGCUCACCGUUUGCUGAGUACGUUGCUAGAGUACCAUUGAAGAAGGCAUUCCCAGAUUUGGCUGUCGAAGAGAAACAUUCCCAAAGUACCAGAAGCACUGAGCAAGUAAAGAAGAAUAGUGUACCAAACACUGAAAAACAACCAAAACCAAGCACUACGACCACAACUCCUAAGCCAGUUGAAACCAAACCAGUCACUCCCAAGCCAGUGGAAUCUAAACCAACUACUGCUAAGCCAGUUGAAUCCAAACCAACUACUGCUAAGCCAGUGACUCCUAAGCCAGUUGAGUCCAGGCCAACGACUGCUAAGCCAGUGGAAUCAAAGACUACUACUGCAAAACCAGUAGAAUCAAAGACAACUACUACUAAACCAGUAGAAUCUAAGACAACUACUAAACCUAACGCAAAAAAGACUACAAAAGAACAAAAAUCUAGUCAACCUGAUAAAAAAACUUCUUCAGAGAAAUAAGUGCUGACAAAAUUAUGUCAAGAUGACAGUACUAAAAUUAUUGGGUUGAAGAAUCAAAGAGUACAUAAUUCGCAUUUAUUUUCCAGGUGAUGAACAUUCAUUUAGAAUAAACAAGUGAAACGUACAUAAUUCGCAUUUAUUUUUUGAAUAAAAGAAAAAAUUAUAAUGAAAUUAUUGUAGGUAUAUUCCAAUGGAAUAUGCAUCUAAAAUUGGUACAUACCAGUAUUGUGUAAAAGUGUACCAGAGUGAAAAAAUGAAACUAUUCUGUAUGUAAAUAGAUGCUUAAAGAUAAGGCUUCCAUACUUUAUUAAAAAUAUUCCAAACAAUGUUGUAGAAUAUUUUGGAAUUAGCAUUAAUUGAACAAAGCGAUUAUUUUUGUUAAGGAUUUGGGUUAAUGUGGAAAAGUUUUUCCAGUUUGUCAGAUUAUAAAACAUCUAUAAUUAUUUUUUACAGAAUAAAAGUUUUUAAUAAAAA